AGCGGACCGACGGCGUCGCGCACGCGCAGGCCGUCAACGACCUCGUCCGCACCGUCCUGCCCCAGGUCAUGGCGUUCAACGCCUCCGCCGUCUCCUUCACGGGCGUGUCCGGCGGCUCGCUGAUGCUGUCGGGCUUCUUCGUGCCGGCGCACAUGACCAACUUCCAGGGCAACGGGGUGCUGCUGAACUGCGGCGGCCUGGCGCCGCAGGUCGACUUCGUCGACGCCGAUGCCGUCGUGGCGAGCACGCGGAUCCACUUCCAGAGCACGCAGCAGGAGCUCAGUUCCCUGCAGGGCAGCAUCCCGCAGAGCGUCCAGGCGUACGAGCAGGCUGCGUCGGCGGCCGGGCUGAGCGCUGACCAGAUCGGGGCGCUGCAGACGGUGGACAACUCGCCGAAUGGUGGGCAUUGCGAGUUUGACGAGAAGGACUUUGUGACCGGGGUUCAGCUGAUGGCGGAUAGCUUCUCGGCCGUCAUGCAAGGCGGAAAUGGGCAGGUCAACGGUGUCAAUGUGUUGAACACUGUAGUGGGCAACGAGGAUUUGAAGUUCACGGGUUCGUCGAGAUGAAGAAUUGAUAAAAUCCUGAUGGAGUCAAUCUGAGCAAAGAGACCGGCGGUUAUACCAUACUUCCUCAAUCGCUUGGAGGCCUUGUUGAGGAUCAAAUGAGUUUUCAACUCCGG